GUCCCUACCUCCUUCACCCAGUCGCCCACCCCAGGCUGUCCUAGCCAGAGCUCCUGCCAGCAGAGCAGCCGAGGCCCAGAUGGCUCUGUCCAGGUUCGGGGGCCUGAUGGCACUGGCAUCUCUGCCAGGGGUGCUGGGCUCCGAAGACAGAGGCUCCCACAGCUCAGUCACCGUGUUCCUGCUGGUGCUGCUGCUGCUCAUCCUACUGACGGGCCUGGCCCUGGCCUGGUAUCACCUCAGCCGGGAGUCGGGGGGCUAUUACCACCCCACCCGCCUGGGCAUCUCCCUGUGGAGCCAGGCUCGCCGGCUGCUGCGGGCCACAGGGGCGGCCAGGUGGCUCCAAGGGCCAGCCGUCGAAGAGCUUCAGGACAGCAUGGAAAAGCAGGAGGAAGAGGAAGAGGAGGAGGACGAGGAGGAGCAGGAGCAGGAGGAAGAGCCAGAGGGGGAGAGCGAGGCCCAGCCCAGCCAGAAGGAUAAGGGAGAUGUGGACGGGGCCUCGGAGAGCCCAGGGGAAGGCCAGGGAGGAGAAGCCUGGCCCAAGCAGAGGAAAGGCAGCAGCCCCCGGCCCGAGCGGUCCACCUCCUCUGGAGGCAGUGCUGAGGCCCUGCUGAGCGACCUCCAUGCCUUUUCAGGGACAGCAGCCUGGGAGGACGGGGCAGGGACAGAGAGGGGCCAGGGCCUCAGUGUCACUGCGCUCUAGGCCUUUGCUUCCUGGUACCCCCUUCUGCCAUCCAAGCCACUGUGUGGUCAACAGGCCUCCCCCCAGCCUUCCAGGAGCCCAGCUUGGCCCUGCCUGCCCGCUCCCAUGGUCCUGAACAGAGGGAAGGGGGUGCUCUCUGUUGGGCUCCCAGGGCACGGCAAUGCUCACGCAUCUCCGCACGGUCCCUCUGUGCCCCAACAAAGCCCCCGUAGACAGAAAAGGAGCAGGAUGCAGCUGCGUCCCCGUUGGAAAUAAAGCCGCCUAC